UAGUCCGAAUGCUCCGAUAUGACAUAGAGCAGGCAGGGCUCGCAGGUUUUGAUCGCUUGCGGAAAACAUUCGCACGGCGCGCGACGGAAUCGGGGGUUCGGUUCGGUUCCGGCUAAUUCGUACUCGGUGAUUCGUCGCGAGCAUCGAACGCGCGUGCACACGUCGGCAGGCCUCUCGCCGCGCGGCCACCUUCAACACCUGUCCAUCACCCUGAAUCACCCUCCCCCCGGUCUACCUAUAGCUGUCUCUACCCCCGCGAUCUGCGAUCGGGUCGCGCGACACGUCGGGGACGCGACGCGACGGGAUCUCGCGAUCUCCACGUGGAACGGCGCGGCGCCUGCAGGAAGCGGCGCCCCGUUUUGUUGCAGCGCGACGACGGUUCCACCUCGUCCUCCCCCUCCCCCACCCCUCUCCGCGACGGAGAUGCUCUAGCCGACAGACAGCCGACUCUCCCGGUCAGCUCCUCGUCCGUCGCAGUACGAUGGAGUUUACGCCGUUGCUGAAGUCCGUGCUAAGUGCUUGCCAGUGUCACGCUCGCGUCACCGUGUCAUAAAAUGGGUACAACCAUAUCGCAAUUGGAAAGAGAUAUUGGCUCCGAUCAGUUUCCACCUAAUGAACAUUACUUUGGUUUAGUCAAUUUUGGUAACACGUGUUACAGCAACUCAGUGCUACAAGCUUUAUAUUUUUGUCGACCGUUUAGAGAAAAGGUCUUGGAAUACAAAGCCAGAAACAAGCGAACUAAGGAAACCCUGCUAACAUGCCUGGCAGAUCUAUUUUACAGUAUCGCAACUCAAAAGAAAAAAGUAGGCUCCAUAGCGCCAAAGAAGUUUAUCGCCAGAUUGAGGAAAGAGAAAGAGGAAUUUGAUAAUUACAUGCAACAAGAUGCGCACGAGUUUUUAAACUUCCUUAUAAAUCACAUAAAUGAAAUUAUUCUGGCGGAGAGAACUCAGAGCAAGCCGAUUGGAGGAAAGUGUGGGGCAGGGGAUGCUGCAGGUUCGCCACCGGAGCCCACAUGGGUGCACGAGAUAUUCCAAGGGAUACUGACGUCGGAAACACGCUGCCUUAACUGUGAGACUGUUUCUAGCAAAGACGAGGACUUCUUCGAUCUGCAAGUCGACGUAGAUCAGAAUACUUCGAUCACACACUGCCUCAGAUGCUUCUCCAAUACAGAGACCCUGUGUAGUGACAACAAAUUCAAAUGCGAUCACUGCAGCAGUUACCAGGAAGCUCAGAAACGAAUGAGAGUGAAGAAACUACCUAUGAUACUAGCGUUACAUCUAAAGAGAUUUAAGUAUGUGGAACAGUAUAAUCGCCACAUAAAAGUAUCUCACAGAGUAGUUUUUCCACUGGAGCUCAGACUUUUCAAUACUAGUGAUGAUGCUGUAAACCCAGAUCGCUUGUAUGAUCUGGUGGCAGUUGUGAUACAUUGUGGAAGUGGGCCUAACCGAGGGCAUUACAUUUCUAUAGUUAAAAGUCAUGGAUUCUGGUUGCUCUUCGACGAUGACAUGGUCGACAAAAUUGAUGCGUCAACUAUAGAAGAUUUUUAUGGACUCACGUCGGAUAUUCAGAAGAGCUCUGAAACUGGUUAUAUCCUGUUCUACCAAUCGCGAGAUUGUAGUUAAAGUUUAAUAUGAAUAGCAAUUGAAGAUUAAGCACUCCUAUACGCUAAUUUCGUAUUUCAACAGAGCGCGCGGUGCAUGUGAAUUUUUGAAUGUUCUAAUAGUCUGUCAGAUUAUUUAUGGGAAUGAUGUACGAUGAACGAUGUUUCGGCUCGUAGAAUUUAUAGAAAGAGAAAGCGAAACGUAGUUCCAUAAUUUGUCCAAAUUUUGUAUAGAAUUUUUUUGGUUUGUACAAAACCAGCAGGGAGUUGGAGAAAAAUUGGAAGCAGAUUUGUAUUAGGUAAUGCUUUAUAUUUAUUUAUGUUCAAAAGCUAGUCCCCGCCUUUCGAAGAGAAUGAGUAAUUUACGUUAUUACGAUAUAACAUAACGUGUCCAUUGAUAUAAAGAGAAACGUUGGAAGCACUAUCAGAUUCUAUACAAAGAUGUAAAGAUAUGACUGAGAAUAAAAAUAUUGUUAUGAGA